CCUGCGCCAGAACGUGCGUCACCGGUGGGCGGGGCCAGAGUGUCAGUGUUCUGGAACAAACGGCGGAAGCGGCGCGGAGUCACCAAGCAGCCCUCGCGCUUUUAACAUCUACCGUUCAUCAAGAACCAUGAAGAUCUGGACGUCAGAGCACAUUUUCAACCAUCCAUGGGAAACCGUGACCAAAGCUGCCAUGCAGAAGUACCCAAACCCCAUGAACCCCAGCGUGUUUGGCGUGGAUGUGCUGGACCGUAACGUGGACCAGCAGGGACGCUUGCACAGCAAACGGCUGCUCAGCACUGAAUGGGGUCUGCCGUCCAUCGUUAGAUCGAUAAUUGGCAACACACGGACAUGUACGUACAUCCAGGAGCACUCCAUAGUCGAUCCCAAAGAGAAAACCUUUGAGCUCCAGUCGACUAAUAUCACUUUCACUAACAUGGUAUCUGUGGACGAGCGGCUCACAUACCGACCGCACCCGGAGGACCCGGAGAAGACGAUGCUCACCCAGGAGGCCAUCAUCUCUGUGAAGGGCGUCAGUCUGAGCAGCUAUCUGGAGGGACUCAUGGCAUCCACCAUCUCCACCAAUGCUGGAAAGGGUCGCGAGGCGAUGGAGUGGGUGAUCAGACGUCUGAACACAGAGAUCGAGGAGCUGGCCAUCACAGCGAGAGGAACCAUGCGGACGCCCAUGGCCGCAGCCGUCACCGAGAAAUGAGAGCCAGCGCACGGCCUUCCUCUCUGUCGCUGCUCUUCUCUAUGUGUCUUUUUUCCAGUCGUGGAAAUUCAUUCUCUGCGUCCUACGCAUUCAAGCCUCUACAUUAGAGACUGUCGGGACGUCGAGCGGCAGAGAGAGACGGUCCGGGGUUUCGACAUUGACCGCUGUUGACGCACAACAAGAAGACAACGAAGGGGAAGAGUUGAGCGCUCAUCCAUGAUGAACUCUCAAAAGUAGUUUUAAUGAAUCAGUAUAACGGGACAUUUACACAGCGCGAACAGAUCGAUGCUCAGACGGAACGUAUGCCAUGAUCCAUUCGCCACGUUUAGCUCUGUUACAUGAAUGCAGCUGUUCGACGCUGGCUAGCAUUGCUUCACCAGCACUUACACACUUGAAAAUUAGUUAGUAAUAUUAUAACUUAUUUUAUUAUUAUAUUAUACUGUUAACACUUAGCAUCAAGGAAGGGAACAAACUAGAUUUCGGAGGACCAUCUCAGAUGUUGGAUUCUUCAGAUCGCGCCUCCUUAGAAAACAAAGGAGCACUAAAUGACAUAUAAAACUACAGAGAAUAGAAUGAUUAUCAUCAAGUGACUCUAGAAUGUUCCAUGGACUGCUAAUGACCUCCUUCCCUCUGUAGUGAACAUGUGCUUUGACUUUAAUUGAUCAGGAGGCAGUUGGGAUGUUGUAUCCAGACGUGAGGCGUUCUUUACCCUCGGAGGGUAAAAUGUGUGUGAUGAUGGGAAACAUCAGAAAUGAAUGGAAGCUUGUUUCCGCCACUAAAUAAAAAAAAAUAAAAAAAACAUAAUUGUGACUUUUUAUCUCACAAUUCUGUGUUUUUUUUCCUCACAAUUGGACACUAUAAAGUCAGAAUUGCGAAUUAUAGAGUCAGAAUUGAGACUUUUUUAAACAAAAUCUUUUCACAAAUUUGACUAUAACAUGCAAUUGCGGGUUAUAAAGUCAGAAUUGCGCGAUAUAAAUUCACAAUUGUUAUAUAAAGUCAGAAUUGCGUGAUAUAAAUUUGUAAUUGUCAUAUAGUCAGAAUUGCGCGAUAUAAAUUCGCAAUUGUCAUAUAGUCAGAAUUGCAACUUUUUAAAUCUUUUCGCAAAUUUGACUAACAUGCAAUUGCGGGUUAUAAAGUCAGAAUUGCGCGAUAUAAAUUCAUAAUUGUCAUAUAGUCAGAAUUGCAACUUUUUAAAACUUUUCGCAAAUUUGACUAUAACAUGCAGUUGCACAAUAUAAAAUCAUAUCACGCAAGUUUAUAUCACACAGUUCUGACUUUAUAACUCGCAAUUGCAUGUUAAAGUCAAAUUUGCGAAAAAAGUAAGAAAAUAAAAUAAAAAAAAUCUUGCAAUUCUCACUUUAUAACUUUCAGUUCUGACGCAAUUCUGACUUUUUUAACUCGCAAUUCCGACUAUAUAUCACACAAUUCUGACAUAUCUUGCAAUUCUGAACAAAAAGCCAGAAUUGUGAGAUAUAGUCGUAAUUACCUUUUUUAUUGUUUGGUGGAAACAAGCUUCCAUAGAAAUGUGCCUUUGGACACUAGCGUUCUGCAGUGUUUGAUUUGAGGAGGGUGAAAUACAUUCUAUUUAUUUAUUUAUAUUUUGUAGGUUUAUGUAAUUUCAUGCAAUACGUGCAUCCACAAUUCACAACUCCAGCAUCAUCUUUGUCAAUGGCGGGAAAACGGUACCAAUGUGCAGAUGAAUAUCAGUCCAGAACUUCUUCAGGAAUGCAGAUGUAAUUAUGUAAAAAAAAAAACCAUGAAGAUGGUAGUUAUGUUUGUGGAUGUGUGUUAUUGCUUCAGCACAGAAACCUUGUGUUUUAGUUUCCUUCUCAAUUGAAAUUUGGAUUGAAGAGCUUCUGUUUUAUUUUUGGGGUUUACUUCAGUUUUCAUCUCUGGAAUAUUAUGACGAACUAAAAUAAAACAUGACUGCAUUUAACAACUUAUUUAUAUUGAAUGUAAAUGUUUGUUACAGGCAUAUUUGGUAUUAAAUCACAAAAGCAGAAACUUGGUGAAAAGGUUGAAAAUGUUUAGCAAUGAAUUAAAUGUCUAGUUUGUUUUAGAGUUAAGGAGAUGUCUCUGAAUGAUCUCGGUUCAUCGUUUGUUCUCAGAACACAGCCAAAGCUGUUUACAAGUGUUGAAAUAAACUAACGUUCAUACUAAAUAA